UGCUCGGCAUCGGCUCUCGGCGUUUCUUUAAAGAUGCGGGGAAUGCUCGGGUAGCCGAUCAUCUAAAAAAUAUGUACAUAUAAACACGUUGUUCUCUUUUUCGACCAGUUUGUUCUUCAAUUUGCAUAUUGAAUGUCAAAAUGAUCUUCGAACCGGCCGAGAAAUUGCACAUUCCCACCAAGGACCUUCUGUCGUACAUUUUCGACAAUCCCAAAUACGACCAAGAUGAGCCAAUUUAUAGAGACCCUGCAAAUCCCUCGCGGUCAGUUUCAUGCAAUCAGGCCCGGAGGCUGAUCCGCCAGUUGGUCGCGGGACUGCAAGCAUGGGGUGUGCAAAAGGGUGAUUGUGUCGCGAUUCAUGCGUUCAAUGAUAUUUAUUACAGUAUUCUGGUCCUGGCGAUUGUGGGCGCUGGUGGGAUUUUCACCGGUACGAAUCCAUCGUACACGCCAAUGGAGUUGGAGCACCACUUUAAAGCAUCAGAGGCCAAAUUUUUGGUUUCGGAGCCGGAGAUUCUGGGCUCACUCAAGUCUGCUGCACAGGGAGUUGGUAUUUCAGAGAGCAAUAUUCUCAUUUUCAACGCUCUCGGACAAGAUGUCCCGUCCGGAUUCCGAUCGUGGGAUAACCUUCUCAAGGCCGGCGAGAAGGACUGGGUGCGGUUCGACGAUCUGAAAACUACAAAAGAGACUACGGCAGCAAGACUGUUUAGCAGCGGUACAACCGGUCUGCCCAAGGCUGUCACCAUCACGCACUAUAACAUGGCAGCGCAACACGAAUUGGUCUUCGAAGUGCAUCCCCGACCGUAUCGAGUAUGCAGAAUAAUAGCUACGCCAGUUUUCCACGCAGCAGCAGCUCCGUCAACUCACUUCUCGACCCUGAAAUCCGGCUAUAUCGUCUACAUCAUGCGCCGCUUCGAUCUCAAUGAGUAUCUCGAAGCCGUUGAGAGAUACAACGUCACUGACAUGUUCAUGGUGCCUCCAAUCGCGGUCGGAAUCCUCAUGAGCCCGCAUGCCAGGGCGCGGCCGUUCUUGAAGAAGCUCAAGAUGGCGGGAUGCGGUGCUGCGCCGCUGGGCCGCGAUGUUCAGGGCAAAUUCCACGAGCUCAUGAAUAAAGAGGCGCCAUUCACGCAGGUAUGGGGUAUGACUGAGACGAGCUGCGUGGCUAUGUCUUUCCGGUUUCCGGAGCACGACGAUACUGGCUCUGUGGGACGGCUGAUUCCUAAUCUUGAGGCGAAACUUAUCGAUAUUGAUGGGAAUAAUAUCUCUGCGUACAACACCCGCGGGGAAAUCUGUGUCCGCGGCCCAACCGUCACGCCCGGUUACUUUAAGAAUCCCGAAGCCAACGCCUCCUCCUUCGAUGCGGACGGCUGGUUCAAAACCGGCGACAUUGCUUACUGCGACGAAGCGACUGGUAAAUGGUACAUCGUGGACCGAAGGAAGGAACUCAUCAAAGUCCGCGGGUUUCAGGUUGCCCCCGCGGAACUUGAAGCUGUACUACUGUUGCAUCCGCAGAUUGUCGACGCGGCUGUUAUUGGAAUUAGCUUCCCAGAAUCGGAUAGUGAAUGGCCCCGGGCGUAUAUCGUCAAGAGGCCUACGGAGGAAGGGCAGAAGUUGACGGUGGAGGAUGUACAGAAGUAUAUGAAGGAGCGGUUGGCGAAGUACAAGUCACUGACGGGUGGCGUUGUCUUUGUGGAAGGGGUGCCAAAGAAUGCUAGUGGGAAGAUUCUGAAGAAAGUGUUGAAGGAGAUCAGCAAGAGGGAGAUUGAGGUUGGCAUGAUUAAGCCGAGGCUGUAAGACGAUUCUGCAAAUGUGUACAUCAAUACAAUAAAAGAUAUAGUAUCUACAGACACUUAACAUCUCAAACAAGACUAUGUAUUAACGCAGAUCAAGGAAGAGGAGGAACCAUCUUCAAAUCCACAAACUCCUGAAACACCUUGAAAACAGACUCCGUACUGUCGACGAAUCCAAAGAACCCAAGUUUCUUCGCUUUGGCGGUACUACUACAGUCAGAGUCAUGUUCAACUGAAAUGGUGGCGUCGAUGGCAUCCACUCACCUGAAAAGAAUAGGAUAUG